CAUAUCAUUUUUUUUGCCACUGAAACAGGAAGUUUAACGGCUGCUGCACGCGCAUGUUCUCUUUAUUUCGGCUCUCUAGAGACACACUCAGUCGCCUCACCCAGACACUCACUGAUAUUGUUACAGAUAUAUCAGCGCUAUGGAGGUAUUCAAGGACGCAGUUGAUUACCUUGAGACACAGCAUAUCCCAGUGGAGGCUGUUGGUGGGACAGGUCCUGAUCCACUGGAGGAAGAUGUGUUCCCAGAGGAGGAGGUGUUCUCCCCCCUCCAGACAGACAGCAUGGACCUGCCCGACACCCCUGUCCUGCGUACCCUUGAAGAUAUGCUGGAUAGAAGGCUCAUGGUCCUGAGAACGAUCCUGGACAGUGAGAAGAUCUACCUCAAUGAGCUGGAGACACUGUUAAUGCCUAUGAAGGCUCUGAAGGCCACAGCAGGGACGUCUCAGCCGGUUCUAUCCGGCCAGCAGGUCCAGAUUGUGUUCUACCAGGUGCCUGAGCUCAGAGACCUGCACAGAGACUUCUACAGUGGCCUGAGGGACCGCCUGGUGCCGCUGGGGCCACAAACACACCCAGAGACAGACCCGGGGCCGGGGCCGGGGCCGGGGAAAGAGCAGGGCCAAAUGGGCUUCCACCUAACUGUUGGAGACCUCUUCCUCAAGAUUGUGAGCCAGCUAGGUGUGUAUCGUGGUUUCAUAGAUAACUAUGAGAGUGCUGUGAAGAUCGUGAGGAGCUGUACUCAGACUGACCAGCGCUUCAGAAUACUGGCUGAGAGUAUGAUGUCUUGUAAUGGAUCAGAAAAAUCUAAGACUAAAUACACCUUUGAGGCUCUCCUGUACAAGCCUCUGGACAGAGUCACCAAGACAACCCUAGUGCUGCAUGACCUGCUGAAGCACACUCCCCAGAUGCAUAGUGACCACCACGUGCUGCAGGAGGCUCUGAGACUGUCCCGGAGCUUCCUGUCUGGGGUCAACGAGGGGUCACAGUGCAAACAAGAGGUCACCCUCAGCAGGGGCAUGCGGCGUCAGCUGAUGCGUGACGGCUUCGUGGUGGAUGUGUGUGAGGGGGGGCGUAACCUUUGCCAUCUCUUCCUAUACACUGACCUGCUGCUGUGCACCAAACUCAAGGGCGGGGCCCAAGGUAAGCAGGCCCAGUACAGGUUCUGUUGGUACCUGCCUCUAGCUGGACUGAAACUCCACUGGGGACCAGAGAUGGAGCGCACCACAGACACAUACCAGCGCAUACACUCCAUGAGAGCUAAGAUGUACCUGCUCAGACAUGAACUUCGACAGACCAUGAAGCCUGUCCCACAGAAGUCCUUGGCAGCUCGUACUAUAGAGCGAGGCAGGAAGAAGAUGGAGCAGCUUGAACUGAUGUUUCUCACACACUCUCCCUUCCUCCCCCUGGAACUACACAGCCCCAGCGCCAAGAGCCACACUCUGGUGAUGUCAUCUCUGUAUGAACUGGAGGAGUGGAGAGAGGCCAUCCACAGACUCACCGGAGAUAACAUAGAAACGGUUCCUCCAGAUCUGCUCACCCUGACCAGCUCCUGUGUCAAACUGAGAAUGACCCAACAGCCUCCCGUACACAGCAUACUGCCUGAAGGUGAGGAGGAAUCUCUAUGUGGGACUCUCAGUGUAGCCGUUCACUCUGCCUGUGGAAUACAACAGCCAGCCAGUAUGUAUGUGUGUGUGGAGGUGGAUGGCUUUGAGUUCUAUGAGAGGCAGGCCCAGACCCAUUCCUCUGUCAGCAGCCCCAGCCCUCAAUGGGACCAGGAGUUCUCAUUCCAGGUGGAUGGGGCUCAGAACCUCAGGGUGCUGGUUGUGUUAGAGCCAGAGGUAGGAGAGAGCUGUGAGGACCGAGUCCUUGGCAAGACCUCCAUACAGCUGGACCCAGCCCUCCUACAGAAGCGAUGGAAGAGACAGACCGUAUCUCUAGGCCAGGUGGUUGUGACUCUGUCUCUAAAGUACUGCCCUCACCCUCUAGACCCGCCCAGUCUGGCCCCCGCCCAGCAACAGCCCAUCUUCUGCAUGCCCAUUGGAGCUGUGGCACAACAGGAGGGAGUCCUGGUGCCACAUGUGGUGCGUUGCUGUGUAGAGGAGGUGGAGAGGAGAGGAAUGGAGGAGGUGGGCAUCUACAGGCUAUCAGCAGCUACCAGUGACAUCAUCAACCUCAAGACUGCCUUCAACACCAAUCUGCGUGAGGCAGUGUCCAGGUUGAGGUGUGUAGAUGUGAAUGCUGUCUCAGGUAUACUGAAGCUCUACUUCAGGGAGCUACCAGAACCCCUUAUACCUACAGAGCUGUUUCAGAGCUUCACCAAGGCAUUGGACAUCCCAGACCUGAGCGCCAGGAGUGUGUCCAUGUUGUCUCUGCUCCAGUCCUGUCCCGCCGUCAACCAAAACACCUUCCUGUUCCUCCUCCACCACCUCAAACGAGUGUCAGACAGACAGGAUGUGAACAAGAUGCCUCUGAUGAACCUGGCCACUGUGUUUGGUCCCAGUCUACUGCGCCCCCCUGUGGCUGUUCUGGGGCAGAGCAGCCCGCCAGUGGACAUCUCUCAGGAGGUGGUGGUGCAGGUCCAGGUUGUGUAUUCCUACUUGCAGUGUGACAACCUGCCAGCAGCCCAGACCUGCAUACCACAUGACACAGAGACCACUGAGGAAGAUUAGACCAACAACAAAUGAACCAACUCCUGGAAACAUCACGGUUGGCCAACAGAGACUCGGGGGAGAUAGAGAGAGGACUUGUAAACUACAGACACUGUAAAGAUUAAACAUAUUUAUUUUUAAA